AUGGAAUUAAUCCGUUCAAAGUUUACCUACGAAUACGUUUCCAACUCGAUAGAACGAGGUGUGAUCGAAGAUAUCAAUGCAGUGUUUCCAGUCUUGGGUGGUUUAACGUUGCUUCACAUGGCAACUUUAAAUAAUGAUCAAAAAUUAGUGGACUAUCUGCUCCGCAAAGGAGCUGAUAUAAAUUCAAAAAGUCAACGCUGGGGUACAGUUUUUAAUUUUGCUGUUAUAAUGAAUAACCUGACAACAAUUCAAAGUCUAAUAAGCUUUGGAGCAGACGUUAGUAAUAUUAAUCAUCAAAUUGAGUUCUCUGAAUUAAGUCGUUUCAAGGAGGCAGUUCAACAAUAUUAUAAAGAAAUUCCUGAGUUUUUUUUACCAUUUUCUGCCUGUCUGAGUACGAUAUCUUGUUCUAGUCAUUCAGCUGUUGCCACUCUACCAUUAAAUAUUGCUAUUUUUGGAACGAAUGACAAAAUGGUAGAGCUACUUUUAAAAAAUAAUGCUGAUCCGAAUCCUGAUGCUGAUACUUAUGGAUCACCACUAAUGUUUGCUAUUAUUAAAAGAAAUUUACCAAUUAUAAAACUUCUUCUGGCCUACGGUUCAGAUGUUAAUUUUGUAAAGAGAGAUGGUGGAGAAAGUCCUCUACAUAAGGUUAUCCUAAUGCAUAACUCGGAAGCAGUAAAAUUGUUCUUAAAUCAUGAUAUGAUUGAUGUACAUAUACUGACAGAUUGUAAAGAAUCAGCACUUCAUUAUGGAAUUAAAUAUAUGGCUAACGAUGAUGUCAUCAGGCAACUUCUUAAUGCUGGUAUUGAUUUUAAUUUAAAAAAUAGUGGUGGUGAAACAGCAUUUAGUAUUAGAAGACGAAAUAAUUCAAAAAAAGUUGAUGAUGCAAUUACGGAACAUAUUGCGAAAUGUAGUGCGGCGAAUUUUUACGUCAGUGAAGAAAAUUUAGCAGUCGCAAAUAGUGGAAAAUUUGGCGAAUUACGCGACCAGUGCCUAGUCGAAAUUGAAAAAAUGAAGAUAACAUUUGUUGGUACAACUGUAAGUUUGAAAUAUGUCAGUGAUAGUACUAUUUCAAAUUUGGACAUUGAAUCUAUUUUUCCACUAUAUGGUGGAAUGAUGACUUACCGUUUAAAAAAAGCAUUGAGAAGAAAAAAAUUGUUAUUCAAUGCCAUGGAUUUAACUAAUGAUAUUUUACAAGAACUGAAACUCCCAAUGGAAAGGAGGGAAAUAGGUGCGCGCUCGUCGUCUUUUGCGUUUCUCGCGCAAGUCUAUGUCAAAACUCUGGGUCAAGAAUCUGGUCAAAUUGUGGUCACAGACUGGCCCAAGUCUGCAGCCAGUCUGGAUAAAGAAUCUUGA